CUUUGUCAAAACCGUCUACAUCUACCUCAGGAUGCCGUACUCGGCGCCAAGAGGAUAGACCACCUCUUUGGCGCGGCCUGAGAAUUCGCCUGCUCAUUGGCAGAUUGGAGGGGCGAGUAAUCAUAAUUUUUAUUUGAUUAUUUUCGAACAUUGGAGUACGUACACGAAAGUAAACCUUCAUAUUCAUGAUCUACAAAGGAUUUUCUUCCAAACGAGCUUCAGUUCAACCAAAAAAAAUUGUAUUUCAUUUGUUAUCCAGACCAAAUCAUGGGAAAAAUUAAAAUGAUGAUUAUUGAUUAUCCAUAGGGCUACAAACAAAAUCAAUACAUGUACGAUGAUGUAUCAACUAUGUACAAUCAGGUCCAUUAGUUAGUUAUUCGGUUUGCAAUCGUCCGCCGGUUGAAUGCAUCGUGGUCGAAACAAACACUUCAAGGAGCCCAGUUAACCUCACUCCAAGCGUUAGGCACCCCCAAACACCCAGACCCCAUAAAAAUGGGUCACCAAACGGCUGAGGAGACGGUGCAACCAGGUAAUUACGUGAUAAUUGAGAAACGCAAUUACCGAAAGCUGUGCAAAGUAACAGAGAAGGGAACAUUUACCUUGGGGAAGGAGCAAGUAGAAAUGGUGCAUCUCCUGGACAAGCCGUACUGGACGACCUUUAAAAUGCUGCCCUCGAAAACCUCGAAGAAACACGUGUCCUUGGAAGUGACCCUGCGUGCCGAGACGAUGGAGGACAUUCGUCAGGGACUCUCCAGCGGCACCGACAACAGAUUGAUAACCGACGACGGCACCUCCCAAAAGCUUUCGAAAGAAGAAAUAGAGGAUCUUCGUGAGGCUGGAAAGUCAAGCAAAGAAAUUGUCACGUCUCUGAUCUCUAAUAGCAGCUCCUUCACGACAAAAACCGAAUUUUCCCAAGAGAAGUACAUAAAAAAGAAAGAAAAAAAGUAUUUCAGGUGUCUGACAAUCAGGAAGCCCACGAUCUCCAUGAUUCAGGAGAUCUACUUCCGUCAGGAUUCCUCCAAGAUAAAUUUUCUGCGGAUGGACACUCUGUCCCAGAUUCUUUCGUACUCCGACGUCAAAUCUGAGGGGAAAUUCUUGCUGUAUGACAGUGGUACAUCUGGACUAUGUCCAGCUGCACUGCUCAGCAGAAUUGGCGCUGACACCAGUGGUGUUAUGGUGUAUCUCCAUCCUGGAAAUCAGGCACACCUGACACUCGUCCAGGCCAUGAACUUUCCUGGGGAGCUGGUGAAUCGAAUGAUGACUGUGAAUCUCUACAAUUUUCUGAGGAUUUAUGAGCAGGGAAAGGAGGAAAUCUUGAAGGAACUGGUGGCCAAACACUGCGACUGGAAGAGGACGAAGGAGAUGCUUGCUUCAGACGGCAUGUCACCUGCGAAGAAGGCUAAACUGGACAAUCAGGGGGAGAAUGGUCUGGGAGAGGAGAAAAUUGAGGGUAUGGAGACUAUUGAGAAUGGAGUCUGUCAUAUUCCAAACAGUUUCAAAGAACCAAAAUGGCUGGGUGAAACCCGAAAAGCUGUCGACUGCUUCAAGAAGGGAAAGGCUGAUGGGCUUAUCAUUGUCACCAAGGAACAUCCAGCCAGCAUUGUCAAUGGUCUUCUCAGUUAUUUGGGGGCGUCCAGACCUUUUGUCAUUUAUCAUUGUCACAGGGAGCCACUUCAGGAGACCUAUGUCGCCCUCAAACAGAGAAAAGACGUUGUUAAUCUGAGACUUUUUAGUAAUUUUUGUAGGGAGUAUCAAGUACUUCCGAAUAGGACACAUCCUGAAAUUAUGAUGAAUGAUCUAGGGGGGUAUUUACUGACCGGAUUUCUAGUUGAGUGAUCUAAAGGGAUUAUUUUGUACAGACACUGUGAUACAUUCAGAAUCAUGCAGUUUUCGAUGCGGAAUAUUUCUCAAUCAAUUAUUGUUUUUUUUGAAAAUACUGAAGUGGUUAAAUUUUUUUAAUGAUUUCUGUGAUUCUUUUGGGACUAUUAAGAUUUUCAGAGGUUUUUUUUUCAGUUUGAAAGGUUUCUUUGACUAAAUCUUUUAGUUCUUAAUGACUCACUUGUUAAAGACGAGACUCGUAAUCAAUUAAACACAUGAAAAUAUUUUUUUGUAAUAUUCUCAUACUUUUCUAAAUGGCCUAAAAUAAAUACUGAACACGAUAUUGAAUCA